AUGAUUUCUGCUACUACCAAAUCAUUAUUGAGAUCAGCAGCAAGAGUCAGAGUCUCUACUGUUGCAUCAACUGCAUUGAAAUGCAGCACCACCAGCUUCAUUAGACACUUGGCCACUGCCAACACCUCAUCCACAAACUACGGCCAUGUUUACAACCCAAAUGCUCAAAAGGUAUCACUUGCUAAUUUGGAUACUUUUGCUAGAAGACACAUUGGUCCUACCCCCGCCAAUGUCCAAGAAAUGCUUAAAACAUUGGGAUAUUCCGAUUUAGACGAAUUCCUUACCCUGGCCAUUCCAAACCAUGUCCUCAUCAAGCGUAAACUCUCAGUCUCCCCAGCUCAAGGUUAUACUGAACUGGAAAUGAUUGAACAUUUACAAAAACUUGCUGCUAAGAACAAGAUCGUUAAAUCUUUUAUUGGUAAAGGUUAUGCCGGUACUAAGCUCCCAGCUGUUAUUCAAAGAAACUUAUUGGAAUCUCCAGAAUGGUAUACUUCAUAUACUCCAUACCAACCAGAAAUCUCCCAAGGUAGAUUGGAAUCUUUGUUGAAUUUCCAAACUAUGGUUUCUUCCUUGACUGGGUUGCCAAUGGCCAAUGCUUCUCUUUUAGAUGAAGGUACUGCCGCCGCCGAAGCCAUGUCCUUGUCUUUCCACAACAUGAAGGGCAAGAAAAAGGUUUACGUUAUUGACACAAAUUUGCACCCACAAACUGUCAAUGUGUUGAAAUCAAGAGCUGGCAAUAUCGGUGUUGAAAUUGUCGAGCUCCCAUUAUCCACUGAAGAAGGUAUUACUGAAUUAAACAAAAUCAUUAAGACCGUCUGUGGUGGGUUAGUCCAAUAUCCUGGUACCGAUGGUUCAAUUCAUAAUUUCACCAAAGUUGGUGAAAUCUUACAUUCUCACAAGGUCUUAUUUGCCAUGGCCUGUGAUAUCUUGGCGUUGACUGUUUUGAAACCACCUAGUGAAUUUGGUGCUGAUAUCGCUUUAGGUACCACUCAAAGAUUUGGUGUUCCUUUCGGUUAUGGUGGUCCACAUGCUGCUUAUUUCAGUACCACUAUGAAAUACUCGAGAAAGAUUCCUGGAAGAAUUGUUGGUGUUUCAAAGGACAGAUUAGGUCAACCAGCUUUAAGAUUGGCUUUACAAACCAGAGAACAACAUAUCAAGAGAGAAAAGGCUACUUCCAAUAUCUGUACUGCUCAAGCUUUGUUAGCCAACAUUUCUGCCAACUACGCUGUUUACCACGGUCCAGCAGGAUUAAAGAACAUUGCCUCCAGAGUUUACGGUUUCACCACCUUAUUAGCUAAAUACAUUGGUCAAACCGAACAUCAAGUUUUGAACGAUAAGUGGUUUGAUACUUUAACUGUCAAGUUAUCUGGUGUUUCUGCCGAUGACAUCUUGGCUCAAGCAUUGUCCAAGUACAAUAUUAACUUGUUUAAAGUGGAUGAAUCAACUGUCUCAUUGUCUCUUGAUGAAACUGUCGAAACAGCUGAUUUGGUUAACUUGAUUGAAUUGUUUACCGGUAAGCAAGUUACUCUUGAAGCUGACACUGAACUUCCAACCAUCCCAGAAGAAUUGAUCCGUACUGACGAAAUCUUAACUCAUGAAGUUUUCAACACCCAUCACUCCGAAACCGCUAUGUUACGUUACUUGCACCUUUUACAAUCCAAGGAUUUGUCCCUUGCCAACUCUAUGAUCCCUCUUGGUUCAUGUACCAUGAAACUUAAUGCUACUGUUGAAAUGCAAACUCUUUCCAUGCCAGGAUUCACUCAAAUCCAUCCAUUUGCCCCAAUCGACCAAGCUCAAGGUUACAAGGAAUUAAUUAGUGAAUUUGAAAAGGAUUUGAACGACAUCACUGGAUUUGAUGCUACCACCAACAUGCCUAACUCCGGUGCCCAAGGUGAAUAUACUGGGUUAUCACUUAUCAGAGAAUACCACAAAUCAAGAGGUGAAUACGAAGCCAGAAACAUCUGUCUUAUCCCAGUAUCUGCUCACGGAACUAAUCCUGCCUCUGCUGCUAUGUGUGGAUUAAAGGUUGUUCCAGUCAAGUGUUUAGAUGACGGUUCUAUUGAUUUAGUUGAUUUACAAGAAAAGGCUGAAUUACAUGCUGCUAACCUUUGUUCCAUCAUGAUCACUUAUCCAUCCACUUAUGGUCUUUUCGAACCAGGAAUCAAGAAGGCCAUUGAUCUCGUUCAUGCCAAUGGUGGGUUAGUUUACUUGGAUGGUGCUAAUAUGAAUGCCCAAGUUGGUCUUACCUCCCCAGGUGAUUUAGGUGCCGAUGUCUGUCACUUGAACAUCCACAAGACUUUUGCCUUGUCCCAUGGUGGUGGUGGUCCAGGUCAAGCUCCAGUCUGUGUUAAGGAACAUUUGAAACCAUUCUUGCCAGGCCACACCUUCAAUGCCGAUGUCACUAAGCCAGACUCUAUACAAGCUGUCAAUUCUGCUCCUUACGGUUCCGCUAGUGUCAUCCCAGUCUCAUACUCAUACAUCAAGAUGCUUGGUGCCAAUGCUCUUCCAUAUGUUUCCGCUGUUGCCAUGUUGAAUGCCAACUAUAUGGUCAAGAAAUUACAACCAUACUACUCCAUUCUUUUCGUGGGUAAAUCCACCCCACAUUGUGCCCAUGAGUUCAUUUUAGAUUUACGUGAAUUUAAAGCCCAAGGUAUUGAAGCUAUUGAUAUCGCCAAGAGAUUGCAAGAUUAUGGAUUCCACGCUCCAACCAUGAGUUUCCCUGUCGCUGGUACUUUAAUGAUUGAACCUACCGAAUCAGAAAACUUGGCUGAGUUGGACAGAUUUGUCGAAUCACUCAUCAAGAUACGAAGUGAAAUUGACGCUUACAUCAACGGUGACAAGAGUGGUAUGGUGUUGAAGAACGCUCCUCACUCCAUGCAAGAUGUUGUUGCUACCCCACAAGAAGAAUGGGAAGCUAGAGGCUACACUAGAGAACAAGCUGCUUACCCAUUACCUUGGUUAAAGAACAACAAGUGUUGGCCAACUGUGUCCAGAUUGGACGAUACUUAUGGUGACAUGAACUUGAUCUGUACUUGUCCUACUGUUGAAGAAAUUGCCGGUGAGUAG